AUGUUAGACGAUGGGAAGUCAUCAUUAUGUAACCGUUUUUCAACAUUACGCGGAGAAAAUCAGUCGGUUAUAUCAAUCAGUUUAUUUGGAUCAAAAGAAAAUGCCAUGUUUAGUAUCAAUUCAACAUUGAAAUUCUUAAACGAACUUAUUGCUGAUAUGUACACUUUUUAUCCAAGAUGGAUACUAAGAAUUUAUCAUGAUGCUACGAUUGAUUCAUCGAUCAUAUGUCCAAUAGAAUGUAAACAUUUAAAUGUUGACUUUUGCAAUAUAAGUGCAAUACCAACACUUGAAAACUUAGGCAAUUUUAUUCCACCAAAAAUUUGGCGUUUUUUGCCGGUUGGUGAUACGUUCGUUAACGUAAUAACUAGUCGAGAUUUAGAUUCACCCUUGAUACAACGUGAAUUAGAUGCAGUCAAUGAAUGGUUUCAAAGUAACAAGUCUUUUCAUGUCAUGCGUGAUCAUCCAAAUCAUAAUGUUCGAAUGUUGGGAGGUAUGUGGGGUUUCCGUACAGAAUUAAAUCGUUCAUUUGCAGCAGAAUUUUUAAAGAAAAUACUUGAUCAUUCGUCCUUUACUCAUUAUGAUAAUCGAAGUGAUCAAAUAUUUUUAUCCGAUCAUAUUUGGCCUCGAAUACAAAAUGACAUCAUUGUACAUGAUAGUUUUCUGUGUCAAAAGUCAUACGGAAAAAAUUCACGUCCGUUUCCUACGCGUCGACGACCGUUGAAUGAAACAAAUUGUUUUGUUGGUUGUGUGCGACCAUGUUGUGGUACGAGUAAACCAUUUUCCGAGUGUCCCGUUGCUUGUAGACCAAAAAAUCAUCCUGAAUGGUCUACGUGUUAG